AUGUUUUUUUCAAAGCUAUUUAAUAAAAACUAUAUAAAAAAUAUGUCAAGCCAAAUUAUUAAAGAAAAUGUUCAAGCAUCAAUGCUUCUUUCUGCAGUUGGUGAUUCAAUGGGAUAUCGUAAUGGGAAAUGGGAAUUUGAAAAAAGUACAAAAAGCAUAUUAGAUAGUUAUGAAAAAUUAGGAGGUUAUAAAAAUAUAGAAAUUAAUGAUAGGGAUUGGAGAUUAUCAGAUGACACUAUUAUGCAUAUUGCUACAGCCAUUGCUAUCACUAGACCAACUAAUACAGAUAACGAAUCAAUUUGUAAAGAAAUGGCAACAGCAUAUAUUAGAUCAAUGGAGGAUAUGGGUGGUAGAGCACCAGGUAUUCAAUGCAUUAACUCUGUUCAAUUGAUGACACCUGGUAUGAAAAGUAAACUCUAUAAAUGGGACGAGAUACCAUACUCUGCAACUGCCGGUGGCUGCGGUGGAUCGAUGAGAUCCAUGUGCAUUGGUUUAAAAUACUCUGGCGAAGAGCAAUUGGAUGAUCUUAUUGAACUAUCCAUUGAAAGUGGUAGAAUUACACAUAAUAACCCAGUUGGUUUUUUAGGUGCAAUGGUUUCAGCAUUGUUCACAUCAUACGCCAUUAGAAAUAUCGAGCCAAAAGAAUGGGGCACCAAGUUAAUGGUCGAGGCUCUACCAAAGGCCAAAGAGUAUUUAGAAAAAACAUCAAACAAUACAAAUAGAUCAAUGGAGGACUAUGAAAAGGGUUGGAAUUACUUUUUGACCGCUUGGAAAAGCUAUUUAAAAACCAGAAAGAUCCCAGUCGAUUUAAAUGAAAAAAAGAAAUUUGAAGAUGAUAAAAUCGAAUAUCCAGUAUUCCCAAAAGAGUGGUCAAGUGAUUGUAGUGUUAGAGAUAAAUACUACUCGUCCAUUUCAUUCUCUGGAUGGUGGGGUUCGAGUGGUCACGAUAGCACCAUCAUUGCCUACGAUGCAUUAUUAGCUUCUGGUAACAGUUGGGAGGAUAUGAUCAAAUACUCAAUACUCCAUGGUGGUGAUAACGACUCUACCGGUGCCAUUGGUGGAGCUUUCUUUGGCGCAUUGUAUGGUCUCAAUGGUGUACCCGAGGUCAACUACAAAUCACUCGAAUAUAGAAAAGUAAUUGAAGGUUUAUCAAAAGCAUUAGUAAAAUCAAUCCAAGAGUAUCAAAUCGAACAGGAACAAAAAAAAAAUUAA